AUGAUGGCCAUGGUGUCUACCGCGAUCCGCCCGCUCGGCCUGGUCGUCUUGGCUGCUCUCGCAGUGUCUACUGCAGCACAGUCGGGAUCGAAUUGCGAAGUCAGCGACCUCGAUGAGUACGAGUUCAUGCACUCUCCAACCCACGGAUUCGUCAUCUACUGGACACACGACACGGACACAGUCUCCUUCAUGGUGGAGGCCGAGGCCGAGCAAUGGACGGCGGUAGGCUUCUCGCCGGACGGAGACAUGGUCGGGUCAGACGCCGUCAUCUACCGCCCGGAGGACGAAGAAGUUUCGGAACAGUUUCUCGACGCACAGAAAACCGAUGACCCGCCAACGCUUUGGCAUGGUGGGUCCUCCAAGGCGGCUGGGACAAAGGUUAAGGUUAGCAGAGAUUUUCGCCGCACAUGUGUACGCUAG